AUUAAAAAAAACAAUAUUCAAAUUGAAGGUAAAAAAGGAAAAAUGGCGGCUCCAGCAGUGGAGGGCGCAGCGGUGACGGCCCUCCGGUCGGUCCUACUCCGAGCCCGACAUGCAGCGGAGCGUGCAGGGACGCAACCCGAACGGGUUCGAGUCGUGGCCGUGUCGAAGACCAAACCCAACUCCCUUAUCCGCCAAGUUUACGACGCUGGUCACCGCUGCUUCGGCGAAAAUUACGUCCAAGAAAUCGUCCAGAAAGCCCCCCAGGUAUUUCACGUAAUUACCAAUGAAAAAGUCAAGAUUUUUGCCCUACAAAAUUUCAUUUUUAAUUUGUAUUUAUUAGUUAUAUUAUUUUUGCAGCUGCCUGAGGAUAUUGAGUGGCAUUUUAUUGGGCAUUUACAGAGCAACAAGGUUAAAACCCUUCUUGGUGCAGUGCCAAAUCUGGCCUUGUUUGAGGGCGUAGAUAAUGAGAAGAUUGCCAACCAUCUUGACCGUGCAGUUUCAAGCCUUGGGAGAAACCCUUUGAAGGUUUUUUUACAAGUAAAUACAAGUGGAGAAGCAUCAAAAUCAGGGAUAGAACCCUCAGCUUGUGUACGGUUCGCAGAAUAUGUUAAAUUGCGCUGUCCAAAUUUGGAGUUUUCUGGCUUAAUGACAAUAGGAAUGCCAGACUACACAUCAACGCCAGAGAACUUCAGGACGCUAUCCAACUGUAGAAUUGAGGUUUGUAAGGCACUUGGAAUUACAGAGGAUGAAUGUGAGCUGUCAAUGGGCAUGUCCAGUGACUUUGAGCAAGCGAUUGAAAUGGGCAGUACUAAUGUGAGGGUUGGCUCUACCAUCUUUGGACCAAGGGACUAUUCAAAGAAGCUGCCAAAUUGAUGUCUCAGUUUCUUGCAGUUGCUUGAGUAUCCAAUCUAUUCUUCUGUAAUCAUUAGUUAACAAAAAUUACCAAAUCCAUGUAAUUCUUCUACUCAUAAUCUUGUUUUUAAUUGUAUUCUGGCAUUAGUAACUUUUGGUAAAUGAUGUGACCGUAACUUCAAUGGCAUCCCCAAUGCGGAAUUGUAAACAAAGUUUAUCAAUGUUCAUGAAUCAAA